AUGGACGUGAAAGACACCGUAUCGACGUACCGACUCCGACCGGAGGACCUUGGCGCUUAUCUCAAGAUAUUGUUCCGUAAAGACAUCCCAGUCCAUUUCGAGGAAUCUAAGAACAGAGCCUCGGAGUAUCCUACCAAUCUUGUCCGGACAGAAGCGUAUCGCCACACGCUCGAGUCUUACCGCAGAAAGCUCAACGCUGGAGGGUUAUUUCAUCCUGAUUAUCGCGGAUUAGGUUUCAUUGAGCUAUAUGAAGGCGACAAUGCAUUUCGCAAAUCAAAUCCUCUCAAUACGGUCGACCAACUUGGUAGACAGAUCGACGAAGAAGAUGUCGCACCCUUUUGGCGAAUGAUAUUUCUCCGGUCCAAAUCGAAUCGAGAAGCUUUAGGAUGCAGCAAGGAUCAGCUCACGCUUUUACUCACAUAUCAUCAAGUAAUGCCUUCUUUUUUGGACUUCGUAUUAACUUUCUGUACUCGCGAACGCCCCGUAACACAUGCGAUAUUCAGACAUGAAGAUUACCUUGAAGAGAACAGUAAAAUGUUUUUAGUACCACCACUUAAACGGUCCGGUGUACAGAUUCAACAUGCUUUCAACAUCCUAUCCGUGGAGCGAGCGGACGAGAGGAUGGAAAAGAAUCAAUGGCCGUUACGCCAAGUUGCGGCCUACUACUCUUUUGAUGUUAUUAAUGGCCGGAGUCUAUGGAUUGUUAUCAAGGGGAAUCCACUCAUAGCGAGACGCAUUGUGUCCGCAAUGGAACACCAAAGACGCCUAAGGGCUACAGCUAUUACUGACGCCGAGACGUCGUUUAUCGCUGCUCUUGAGGUUCAUAUGAUCAUGAUUGAUUGGUGUUCUGAAAAUUGGGCAGAGUAUAUCGAAUAUGUCGAAGAACUAGUCAACAUCAUUUCCAUCGGAGGAAAGACAACGCCAGUUGAUGAAGUAACUGCGGCAACAGAGAUCGAGACGGCGCAUUCACCAAGAGCCACCAAUACCUUUGGUUUGCAAAGCCAAUCGGCCAGUAUAUUCAGCAGUCCUCGGCGAUGGAAAAUUCGGGAAUCUUCAUCCAAUUUGUUCAAGACCAUCCGGCGGGUUUCUGGACUUGAAAGCAGGACACCCCCUAAUGACGAGGAAAAUACAGAGGUAGAAAAGGGGGUCGAAGACGCGGCGGAAUUACAGGACGAACGCGAUAAACUUUCCGAUCUCGAGAAGGAAUUCUCUUUCCGGAAAUAUCAGAGCAUGAGCCAAUUAUCCGUAGAGCUGGAGAGAGCAUUGGUGGUCAUCGAGCAGAAUAAAGGGGUACUCGAAGCCAUUGAGGAGCAUUACCACUCUAUCGUCAAGUCAUAUGGGUUCACGACUUACAUGAAGAAAGGCCUUUGCGAUGACGAUCUAGCCGCUUUCUUCACUAAGAUACGAAGUACCAAGAGAGAGCUGGAGACGCACCAUCGUCGCUUACAGACAGUAUCUCAGGCGCUGGACAAUGACAAGGCGAUGUUCUCGACGCUCUUGCAAUAUAAGAGCGAGAAGGUAUCAGAGUACUUCGCCAGCAGCGCAAAAGUAUCAUCGGAUCGAAUGGAAGACAUCGCAGUGCGGACGGAGCAGGAGACGCUGUCGAUGCACGUGAUCACGAUAUUUACGCUGAUAUUCCUGCCGGGGACCUUCAUAGCUACCCUCUUUAGCAGCGGCGUGUUCCGCUGGGACGACGACGGGUCUCUGGGAUCGGACUGGGUUAUCCGGCAGAACGCCCUGAAGCUCUUCUUCUCGGUGUGCGUCCCCAUGAUGGUCGUCAUUCUCGUCUCGUGGUCGGUGCUGUUUAUUUAUAUGAGGCGGAAGAGGCAGCAGGGAAAGCGAAAGGCAAAGAAAGGCCGCGACGCCCGAAGGAACUUAACAAGAGGUGUUACAACCACUAAUCCUAACCAAGACCCAAGGCCAUUUACCGACUUCUCUAGAUACAUAGAUAAGAAGCAAAAGCGCUUUAUUGGAUUGGACGCCUCGGACAAUGAUACUAGCUUCAUCCCCUUCUACGUUCUACGUGACUACUGGACUAAAAAUCGAAUAAGCUCGGUCCUAAAGGCUUCCAGUGGCACACGACUUACUCCUAAUAUCGACAACAUACAUAACCAUUAUAUCCGUAUUUUCUCGAUCCUUGUAUAUGACCUGAACGAUGCCAAGUUACCACUGAAACAACAUCCAGCGGAAUGGUCGCAGAGCCCCAUUCAUAAAAGCUUAUUUGACCUGGUCUUCAAACACCAAUGGAUCUUCUUCCCACUCAUUUUCAACGACGAUCAUCUAGAUGAUCAUUGCCUUGACGAUAACGUCGUGCUCCCCAUCGAGAAGUUGACACAGAUCUCCCAAGGAGAUGCAGCGAUCGUUCAGAUGAUAAAAAUUGACGACUCGUGCAAUUCUCUCACUCCAAAGAACCUGCGCGGUCGACCGGACCAAGACAUAUUCGUACUGAAGACGUAUCAUAGUCCUAAGUUCGAGAGGCUUUAUGUCAAUGAAAUCAAGGCUUUGCGGUUGCUUAAAAGCUCGCCCUCCCCGAAUAUUGUUACUUAUUAUGGCUCCUUUCAGCAAAACGGCACAUACAAUAUCAUACUCGAGCAUGCCGAUAAAGGAGACCUAGCCGAUCUAUUCAAGGAACGGCGUCGCCCAGAAGGUGCCGACAUUGAACAAUUCUGGAAAAGCCUAGUGCCACAGUGUCUGGAUGGCCUGGGCCGCAUCCAUCACUUGAUGAUGAAUGUUGACGAAGACGACGUUAAUGGGAUCCACGAAGACAUCAAACCUGCAAAUAUCCUCCUUUUCAAGGGUCGCUCAGGUUCGCGCUAUGACUUCGUCCCCAAAAUCGCAGACUUUGGGCUAUUCACUCAUGUCAGAAAGUCGAAGGCGAAUAGUAGCGAAGCCAUGGGUCUAGACAAUCUUGGGAACCAGCUAUACAGUUCGCCGGAAUGUAGUCAUACGUCCUCUUACCGGGAGAAUGCUCCAAAUAUGAUCAGCACCAAAGCCGAUAUUUUCUCAUUUGGAGCUGUUUUGAGCGACGCCUGUGCAUGGGUAAAGGGGGGACCGGAUGAGAAAGCUAGAUACUACGAACAGCGGAGACAGUACCACCAAAGCAUUAAGGCAUUCCGCGGAAGCGAUUAUGAAGGCUGUUUUCACGAUGGCGUAGACCGCUUGCCCGUCGUCGACCAGAUGCAUAAUAGCAUUCGGGACCAUUGCCGAUCCGUCGGGGAUAGUAUAACUCCCCGUGUUAUCGACAUGAUUGAGCAGCAUAUGUUGCUACCAAAUGCCAACAGCCGCUACAACGCUAAGCAACUGAGACACAAGUUCAAUGAGAUUUUCGACAUCCCAGUCGAUGGAAACCAGCGUCCACCGAUCGAUACACUAGCUUCAGACUUGGCUCCGAACGGGCACGAACGAGGCCUUUGUCUCACCGCUCUAGGUGAGAAUAUCGACAGAUUAGAAGCAAUCUCUCAUCUUAGCGCUAGAAAGCCGCGAGAUUCUAUAGACUUGGAGAUCCAAGAGCUCGUCGAUGACCUGUCGUUUAACGUAUCCGAUCGGCAUCAUAUUUUCUUCUUCGACGACUCCACGACGAUGGAGAGGUAUGCGCAGUCUGUAGAGAAAACGUCUCUCGCACUUAUCCAGUUGGCUAGGCUGUUGGAAGGAAACAACGUAGAGCUUUCCUUCGCUUCCAACCCGAAGCGCCUCCAUCGCAGGCAUCGGAUGAAAAAACUAGCCGAGAUAGUGGCACAUCACGGCUACCGCCGCGAACCAGGGCUAAUGGAGCUCGGUUUUGGACGCCUCGUUGACGAUGUGAUCAUCCCCCACCUGCCUAUUAGAAAAUUCGGCCUAAAUAUCAACCCUCGAGCGAGAAAACCAACGAGCAUAUACGUCUUUACAGAUGGCGACUGGGGCAACGAACGGGAGGUUGCCUACCGCAUCGAACGGCCGAUUCAGCGGCUGAAUAAGCUACUGCAGAAUCGGAAGUUGGAUAAGAAUCACAUCUCGUUCCAUUUCGUGCGGCUUGGUGACAGCGAGAACGGGAGAGAAUACCUCGAUUACCUAGACAGUUUCGGCAGAGACGAUAAUUGGGAUAAUGUCGAUGUCAAGAACGUGCUCAGUCCUGUCAAAGAUAUUGUCAUUGGCCCGCUCGUCCAAUGA